CCUUAAUUCUUGUCGGCGGCUUUGGCACGCGCCUGCGCCCUCUCGUACGUCCUCCGCCGCGUCAUCCCCGGCCUCCACGCUCCCGCGACCUCCCCGCAGCGAUUGGCCCAUCUUCUCGUUUGCAUUUGCUGCAUGCUCGCCGACACGGCUAACCUCCCCCGGACUCGUUCAGACUCUGACUCUGCCGAAACCCCUGGUCGAGUUCGGCAAUAAGCGCAUGAUCUUGCACCAAAUCGAGGCUCUGGCGGACGCCGGCGUCACCGAUAUUGUCUUAGCCGUGAACUACCGCCCUGAGAUUAUGGAGAAGUACCUCGCCGAAUACGAGAAGCAGUUCGGCAUCAACAUUACCAUCUCGAUCGAGAACGAACCCCUGGGCACGGCCGGGCCCCUGAAGCUGGCCGAGAACAUCCUGAGAAAGGACGACAGCCCGUUCUUCGUGCUCAACUCGGAUAUCACCUGCGAGUACCCCCUGAAGGAGCUUGCUGCCUUCCACAAGGCGCACGGCGACGAGGGCACCAUCGUGGUGACCAAGGUGGAGGAGCCUUCGAAAUAUGGCGUCGUUGUCCACAAGCCCAACCACCCCUCGCGCAUCGACCGCUUCGUCGAGAAGCCGGUCGAGUUCGUCGGUAACCGGAUCAAUGCCGGCAUGUACAUCUUCAACACAUCGGUGCUCGACCGCAUCGAGCUCCGGCCCACCUCUAUCGAGCAGGAGACCUUCCCCGCAAUGGCGGCAGACGGCCAGCUGCACUCGUUCGAUCUGGAGGGCUACUGGAUGGAUGUCGGACAGCCCAAGGACUUCUUGACCGGCACCUGCCUCUAUCUCUCUUCUCUCGCCAAGAAGGGCUCCAAGCUGCUCGCCCCGUCCACCGAGCCAUACGUGUACGGCGGCAACGUCCUGAUCGAUCCCUCUGCCAAGAUUGGCAAGAACUGCAGGAUAGGACCGAACGUGACCAUCGGCCCGGACGUUGUGGUGGGCGACGGCGUCCGCCUGCAGCGCUGCGUGCUGAUGGCCGGGUCCAAGGUCAAGGACCAUGCCUGGGUCAAGAGCACCAUCGUCGGCUGGAACAGCACCGUGGGCAAGUGGGCGCGCCUCGAGAACGUGACGGUCCUGGGCGACGACGUCACCAUCGGCGACGAGGUCUACGUCAACGGCGGGAGCAUCCUGCCGCACAAGACCAUCAAGUCCAACGUUGACGUGCCCGCCAUCAUCAUGUAAACCUACCAGCUACAUGAUUGCCUGUUUAAUUUGGGGGGUUGGGGAGGGGGAGGUGGGGGGCACCGAGCCUUCCUGUCUCACCCUUUUUUUUAUCUUAUUCAUAAUUCGGGAUAUACUAACGGCUUUUUCGCUUCUAAACCAAAAAAAAUCUGACUUCCGCGAUCCCCUUAUCCUUAAUUCCGGACGAAGCUGGAGAGACGGAACACGGAAUCCCAAAGGAAUAACUCUUCCACCGAGAACAACGCUUUUCGUCUUUGUCAACACCUGG